AUGUCUUCACUAAUAACUGCGCGGACUGUAUUUGAAGCCACUAUCGGCCUGUUGGUGAAUAAAGGAAGAAAUAAACUGGCAGAAAAAUUGAAUGAAGGUGAUGUUACAGAUCAGAAAUCCCGUGGCCUGAUCGUCCUUGAAAUCGAUAAAAUAAAAUCGAAGUUGGAUGGUUUAGCAAGAAACGAUUUGUUAGCGAGUAUCAGCCUUUUUAAGGAAGGAAUCGAGUUGUUUUAUGACGUGUUUGAAAGUGCUAGAUCCAGUAGCGAGCGUCGCGCGAUAGCAGCAGCUGCAACAGCUUGUGUUGAGCAAUUAGAUUUUGCUAAAGAAAUGAGGAAAUUGGAUCUUUCUGCCUUGGAUGAGCCUUCCACAAGGAAGCUUACCGAAGCCAAGAAGAGAUUUGAAGAAGCUCGCCUAGAAGCGACAAAUGCUUUUAGUGAUGAAGCUUUGAGUUGCCUGAUCGCCUGUUGGCUAUGCAAUAUCGACUGAUGGCAACAAUACUGGAGACGGUUGACAAUCCUAAGGACUCCUUACCGGCUUGUAAAGUAUGUAUUGAAGACCUACACGAUGUGUCGGGUGUUAAAGAAUGCUUCAAAGUAGAGCUUAGGAAAGGUCUACGGGCUCGGUUGGGUAAAGAAGAACGCAGAGAAAUAAUUUGCAAGGUAUGUUUCUUUAAUCGUGUAGUCUACGAUCUCACGCUGAUGGCCCGCGGGUUUGGCACCAAGGGUCAGCUAUCGGUAAACUGGCCUUGUGUUAAUACUGGAGAAGAACCAGUCAAUCCACUUCGAAAUCAAAGAGUUGCUGAAGUACUAAAUGAACAAGGUAUGGUGCAUUGCAGCUGCUUACCAUGGUCAUUAGGUCAGGAGGGUGAAGAGGAGCACAAGCUAAAGCGUCCGCGUGGUAUCGCUACAAACAUCAAAAACAAUUCCUGA